GCCAUUUUAGCUUUGUGUCCUGGCACCACCACUUAACUCUCCCAAACUGGUGCUUUCCACGCCACAUUUUCCACACUUUGCCUCUGGCAGUUCUAAAAUGAAACCAAACCUGACUUUCCAGGGAGAGUUCAGGGCGGUGUCAUCCAAGAACCUGAACACCAAGUAGAAGGGCCGGCAGUCCGGAAGGUCCGCCUUCCGCCGUUGCCAGGCAACAAGGGUAAACAGCAAAAAGUGGCAGGAUCAUGGCCACUAACUAUAGUGCCAACCAGUAUGAAAAAGCUUUCUCACCCAAGUAUCUGCGGAACUGGGGUCCCGCCAAGCCAACGAAGGAGAGAAUUUCCUCCCAUGAAGGUUACACUCAGAUUAUCGCCAAUGAUCGUGGUCAUCUGUUGCCUUCAGUGCCCCGUUCCAAGGCAAGCCCUUGGGGCUCUUUUAUGGGCACCUGGCAAAUGCCUCUGAAGAUACCCCCUGCUCGGGUGACCCUGACCUCCCGAACGGUUGCUGGUGCUGCCUCCCUCACCAGAUGGAUACAGAAAAAUCCGGAUCUGCUCAAGGCCUCCAAUGGGCCGCGUCCUGAAAUCUGGGGCAAGCCUCAUGAUCCGGACAAUCAGAGGAAACUCGGGAAGUCCAUCACGAAGACUGUACAACAAGCCCCAAGUCCGACCAUUAUUCCUGGCUCCCCAGAUGUAAAGCUCAAUUCCCCAGACCGACCCCAAAGCUCACACCCCUCUGCAGGUCACACUCCAGGUCCCCAAAGCCCAGCCAACUCUCUCAAGAGCCCACCAGGAUGUCCACGUGUGCUAGAACCCCCGGCAGGUCCUAAUCCAGCUGCAGUCCAGAAAUGCAAGCCUGGAAUUCCAGAGGCACCCAGGGACCACACUGAGAAAACUUGUCUGAGUGAUGUAAGCGAGACCCCCAGUGAGGGACGCAGAACAGGGAAAUUAUAGGGUGGGAAUAAAGGCAAACUUGGAAAAUAAACAUCAUCUGUUGAAUCUA